AGCAAGAGCAUGUACCAUGUGUCACUCACGAAGAGUCAAGUGCGAUGCUCUUGAUGCAUACCCCUGUACAAAAUGCAAAAAUGCCAAUCUCCGAUGCGUACUACGAUCGUCGCGACGUCGACAGAACACCAUCCGUAGGCACAGAAGCAACGAACCAGCAGCUGAGCAUGUGCAUAUGGAGUUUGAGACGUUUACAAAUUCGUUGGGAUCCCGCGACUCCGCAUCCGCGCAGAGCCGCUUGACUACAAGAUCGUAUAGCGGCCUAUCCUUGCCCCCGCAUGAGAUAUCCGUGAAUACCCCGACAGCCUAUGCUACAAUCGACUCGACAACUAGCGAAAAUAUCGAUCGAGCCAUCAGUCACGUUGAGAGUCAAUCGUUGAGCGCUUCUCCCCGGAUGCAGAGUCGUCACGCCAUGAUUCUGCACCUCGAUGAGAAAGCCGCAUUUCCGCAUGUCCUCCACAGCAUGUCGAACUCAAACUUUGGCGAUGAUAAUGUAGUGCCGAAUCAUCAUCUCCCCCUCCGGCCAGACCAUGCGCUGAAUAACAGCACGAACGCUCCCGAAAGGUACUCCAAAGCGAUAUCCCAGCUUGAUACGUCAACGCGUAUCUUUCUAUCAGAUCAAGGCGUCUUAAAGCUACCACGAGGAUCCAUCACACACGCUCUGUUGGCUGUAUUCUUCAAGCAUGUCCACCCACACGUUCCUGUAGUUGACAAAGCUGCGCUGGUUCGCGAUUAUUCAGCACGCACGUGCUCUCCCCUGCUUUUGAACAGUAUGUUUGCGCUAGCGUCGCACUUCGCCGACGAGGGUCUUGUCAUCGCCGUUGGAGUAGGGACAGGUAGUAGUAAGGGAGAGAUGGCAGACCAUUUUGUACAAAAGGCGCGGCUCCUGGCUGACUUUGGACUGGAGCAUGACCACGAGACCCAGUUGGUGAGCUUUUUGUUGCUGACACAGAUGUGGCAGACGUGGACGAUGGAGCGGAAUCCAAGGUACUGGAUAGGAAGGGCUAUGAAUGUAGGUGUGGGGAUGGGGCUCUUCAGAAGGGUACACACGAUGCGGAUGUCUGAAGAAGACGUGUUGAGGCGAAGCCGUCUUGCAUUGCUGCUCUUGGCAUGUGACGCGAUGACCGCCACAGAAGUUGGCAGUCCGAUGACUCUUGCAGAGGAGGACAUCGAACUACAGCUACAUGCUGAACGUCGCUAUUUUGAAAGCUGUGUCACUUCGCCAAUAACGCCAUCCGCAGCUCACUACCAAUCUGCUGAACUUGAUUUCAUGACGACUUCUUUAUCUCUCAUGUUGUUUCUUCGAGAAAUUCUCAGAGCCGUCUACGCAGCUCGGCCUGUAACAACCCAAAGCGCAGCUUUGAAUGUCGUCGAAGACAAGCUGAGGCACUACAACACGAUCGUCACACCUCUCCCUCUUGCUCAACAGCAGAUACCGCCUGACGAUAGUUCACCUCAUCCAAUCUUCAGCCUUUUGCUUCGGCUGCGCCUUCUCUUCAACCGGUUGAUUUUCUACCGUGGAAUCGUGUUUGGUCGCAUUCGACAUGAGAAGCGGAUAUAUGACGAAGAAGCCCUUCUUGUUACAGUGGUUGACAUAUGUGAAGUCGUACGUUAUCUUGACUCGCAUCAGUUUCUACCUAUCUGUCCGGGUUGGACAACCACUGCUCUCUUUCAUGCGUCAGCUGUGCUAUUGAACUUUUAUGCUGGCAAAAGCUCUAUUGCGGCGUCUGAUAUAGCAAUCGACUUACCCACUCUUAUCAUUCAAUUGAUUGAGAACCUGGAGAAGAUGGAGGAGACAUGGAAUUUUGCUGCUUGGAUAGGCAGGGCAGUGAGGACUGCUUUGGACUCGGUCAAAAGGAAGGUGGAUCUUCGACAACAAAAGCAAAACCCGCCAACGCGAGAUGGUGAUUCCCUUGGUGCAGAACGUGAUCCUUUAACACCUCUAUCAGCAGAUAUGCCUCUCGACAAUGGUUUUAUGGAUAUUUUCGAUUGGCAUGCAAUCUUUCCCGAUGGAAUACCGUUCCAAUGAGAGCAAUCCGCGACUUCAAUCUAGAAUACAUUAUGUCGAUACAAAAUCUAUUCUUGAUAUGUACUACAUGUCGUGUGGCAAUGCAAGGCCACAUACCAACGCCC